AUGCCAUCAAUAUAUCUCAAGGAUUCAAAACAUCUUAAUGACGGUUCUGAGCUUUCUAAGCCCACAUUCACACGACAAACAAGUGCGUCAGAUUCUUUAGUUCAUGUUGUUCAAAUGAAACGUUUGGCUAAAAUUCCUCUUUUAUUUCUUGCUAAACGACGAAAAAUGAGAAAAAUAUCAAUGGAUAUAGAACAUACAGAUGAAACUUACACAGAUGAAAAUGCUGGUUACAUAGCUGCCACACAAUCACCUGAAUAUCAAAAUGAACCCAAAACAUUUGCUGAAUAUACACAACAGUUGGAAGAUACUUUAGAUAUGCUUAGUGGAAUGAAUCGAGAACAAUAUGAAAGUCAAAAAGUAUUAAAACAAUUAAAAUUUUUAGAAAAUCUUAUUCAUCAACCAAGAGAAUGGGUAUCUGGAGCCAAGUUAAAAUUAUCAGAGAAAAAGUUUCCAGCAAUGGCAAUGACAUUAAUGAGAGCCUACAAAGAAAAAGGAAUAUUGGUUCGACGAAUUGUUUUUGUACACAGUAUUUUAUUGUACAAUUGCAUGGCCAAUUUUACAGACGGGGAAUUUGAUAAAGAAGGUCUUAUAAGAAAACAAGCAGCAGAAGCUGGAUUUAUUGAAUUUGCCCUUGAAAUUUUGAGUGAUCAAUCAUAUACCUUAACUAUUUUGUAUAAUAUAGCAAAUAUGCCAGAAUUGAAAAUUCAAUUUCGUGAAUGUAAUGCUGUCAUAACGAUAGUUGAAUAUACAAAAUUAAAAUCGGAUACUGUUUCUAUUGCAUUUGAAGAGACGCCUGAAAAUAAAGAAUAUGUGUCAACAUUAAAUGAAUUACAAGACAUUAUUAGUGCUAUUCGUGUCACUUCUUGUCUUAUAUUACCAUUAAUUAUGAAUGAAGAUGAAGAUAAUUUACUCGCUCAAGCUAAUGAAGUAUUACCUUUAUUAACCAGUUUAAUACAUAUGUAUAAAAAAACGGAUCAACGUUUUUAUGGAUUUUCAUUUGUCGAAUUAGUUGACGGUUUAUCAAAAAUAAUGGUUAAAGGUCGAACACAUAAAUAUAUUGAUAAAAGUUUAGUAAAUUUUUUAUUGGAUAUAAUGGAUAAUAGUAAAGCCGACGAAAGUCUUCUGGAAUGUGUAUCGAGUGCUAUACUCAACGCAUCAUUUGAUGAAAAAGUGCAAUUAUUACUUAAUUCAGAUCAUACAGUUGAUAUUAUAACGAAUACUAGAGAUUCGGCACAAAGUUUAUUAGUUCAGAAAAACUGUGAAGCUAUUCUUUGGACACUUAAUAAAACUCCACAUCGACGAAUGUCGUCGAUUCAAAACCGUGGUUUUCAAGGUCAUAUUAUGAUUAGUUAUAACAGAUCGUGCACAGCCAUGUGUAUUAAAAUGCGAGAUCGUUUAAAGGCUUUACAUUAUAAUGUUUGGAUGGAUAUCGACAAUAUUAAUGGAGGUGUUCUUGAAUCAAUGGCCGAAGCUGUAGAAAAAUCCUCGGUUGUACUAAUUUGUAUGAAUGAAAAUUAUAAACAAAGUUAUUACUGUCGAUUAGAAGCAGAAUAUGCCACUGAACUUCGAAAACCUUGUAUACCAUGUUUAAUGCAACCUCGAUUUCGUCCAUAUGGAUGGUUAGGCAUCAUCAAGGGCGCAAAAAUUCAUGUAAGCUAUUUAUUUGAAAUAUCACCUCGUCAUAUUAAAGUGGAUUUCGCUACAUAUCCAUUUGAAGAAGCUUUUGCUAUAUUAAUCCGUGAAAUUGAAACGAUCCGACAAGAUCUGAUACCUCCUAUAGUCCCAAAUACACUCGAAAAUAAAAUUACUGAGGCUUUUAAAGACUCAUCUAGCAAAAAUCAUCAGAAGAUUGUUAAUAACGCAACACCAGAUAAAAAUGAUGUGAUAGAAUGGGAUGUGUCAACUGUACGUCGUUGGUUAGCUCAAAUUGGUUUAACAAACAUGGAACGUGCUCUUUCUGGCAUCAACGGACGAUUACUAUGGCGGUUAUCUCAAAUGAAAAGUACUGCGCCCGAAUCUUAUUAUACAAUAAUUGAUAAAUAUUUUGAUAGAGUAUGGUUUGCUCAAAUGAGUGAUAUACUGGUGUUUGAUAAUGCGCUUGAAGAAUUAUUUCAUCAUUAG